AUGUUUUUACAUAAAGAAAAAGCCAAACCACCACGAAGUUUACGAUCAGCUCGACUCUCAGUUGUAAAAAAUCAAAUAUCGACACCUAUUGCUCAAACAACGAUUGCCUCACCAAAAAAAGUCAUAAAGUCAUUAUAUGAUUACCAUGCACAGAAUCCAUAUGAACUCUCAUUUACCCGAGGGGAUUUUUUUUUAGUAACUGGACGUGAAAAUGAUCCGAAUUAUUAUGAAGCCUUUAAUCCGAUCACAAAUUCACGUGGAAUAGUUCCCGUACAUUAUUUUCAGGUAUUAGAGAAACAUGAAAGAACCAUGGCAACUACCUCUACUCCACGAAGAAAGGAUCAAAAUGAAGGACAAAAGAAACUCCAGCCACUUUAUGGUAUUGUUCUUUAUGAUUUUCAAGCAGAAAGACCAGAUGAAUUAGAUGCAAAAGCAGGAGAAGCGAUUAUUAUCAUUGCACAAUCCAAUACUGAAUGGUUUGUUGCAAAACCUAUUGGUCGUUUAGGUGGACCAGGAUUGAUUCCUGUCUCCUUUGUCGAUAUACGAGAUGCUACUACAGGACGUACUGUUACAACUGAUAUUUUACAAAAGACGACUACUACUACUACUACCGCUACCACCACCACCACUCUUCAUCCUUCUCCUCUAUUUCCUAAUAUCCAAGAAUGGAAAAAGCAAACACAAGGUUAUGAAGCAUCUAGUAUUUCUUUAGGUCGAUUUGAAAGGCCAAUGGAAGAUAUGGCAAUGAGUGAUCAUUCUAUCAUUGAUGAUUAUUUUUCGUUAAAAGAAGAAGAAAUACGGGAUCAAUCGAUUGUUAUUUCAGCGUAUGUAGACUCUUAUAUCUUGGAAGGUAAUCAAUAUUGGUUUAUUGUUUUUGGAAAAUUAGCAAAUGGAAAGUAUAGAGUCCUUUAUCGACUUUAUGAAGACUUUUAUGAUUUUCAAAUUAAUUUUUUACAAGAAUUUCCUUCUGAAGCAGGAAAACUAGAUAAACCUCGAAUCUUACCUUACAUGCCUGGUCCAUUAAAUACAGUCGAUAACGAGAUAACAGCGGAACGAGCAAGAGAUUUAUCCAAAUAUUGUGAGGAUCUCUUAAAAUUACCAAAAUAUUUAUCAGAAAGUACUUGGGUUCAAAGUCAAUUAUUUGGUAUUCAUGAAGGUGAUAUUGAAACUGAUAUUGAUCCUGGGAUUGGAAGAUCGAUUAUAAGUGGUUAUUACGGUGUAACAUCUAAUGAUAAUAGUAAUAAUAAUAAUAUGACAACUACUACUGCAAGAAACAAUCAUAAUCUAUCGUCUCCCACCACCACCACCACACCCAUUCCAAUCACAACAACAACGACUGUGAAAGUUAAGAUUAUAUACAAGGAUGAAAUCUUUGCUAUCAAAGUGCCCAUACCAAAUACUGUGGAAUUUUUGAAAACCAAGAUUUUCGAUAGACUUGGGUUUGAUGCUCAACUUCAAUAUAAAUCGGGUGAUUAUUUAACAGAAUUAAAUGCAGAGGCAUUUGAAGAAGCUGCUAGAUUAGAUGACCUUUUGCCUACUCAAACUACUGGUUAUAAGCCAGGAGAAAAGAAAAGUCUUCAAGAAUACCAAAAGUUGGAUGCUCAAGACGAGUCUUUAAACAAGUGGAAGGAGUCUCUUGGUUUAAAUAAAGCUGCUAUUCAAUCUGGUCCUGUGGAUGAUCCUCGUCGAGUUGUUGUUGAAUAUAUUGCUCUUGAAGUUGAAGGUCGUCCAGAUGUUAGAGUUGAUUUAUCUACUCCCUUUCAACAUGAUGUUGUUUCUGGUUUAAAAUAUUUACAAGUUGUUAAGAGAAAGGGUGUCAGAGUCGAUAAGACUGAAGAAAUGAUUGGCAGUUAUGGUCCAUCUGCUGAACCUUAUGAAAAGAAAUUCCAAAUGGAAGAAGCUCCUUCUGGAUUCUUUGUUCGAGAUCACUAUGAAGCAAAGAGUAAAUUUGUUGAUGAUGAUGGUGUUACGCAUAUGGAAUGGACUUGGUCCUUUGAUAUCAAGAAGGACUGGUAA